AUGCCGAAGACGAACCACCCCCGAAUAGCUCCAACAGAAUGGCAAAAUCGCAAGGAGACGAUCCAGAAGCUAUAUCUAUCCGAAGACAAGAGCUUGAUGGGAGAAGGUGGCGUGAUCGAAACUAUGAAAGGGAAGGGUUUCUUCGCAAGUAAACCACAAUACGAAGCACAGUUCAUGCGAUGGGGCUUUAAGAAGAAAUUGACUCGCGAAAACUGGCAUACCAUUGGGCACAUCAUCAAGAACCGGGACAAACUUGGGCGUGUUAGCCACGUAUACGCAUAUGGGACGAGGCUUUCUAGCGACAAAGUGAAGAAAGAGACGUCCCGG